UCUGUUCUGAACUCUCAAACGAAUAACUCUGCUUUAUAGAUUGGCUCUUUCACAGUUACCCUUUUAGCUUCUAUCAUUCGUUUUGCUCUUCACCAGGUUGGUCUGUUUCUCUAUAGUUAACUAAAAAUCAUAAAAGUGGCGACGAGAAAAAAAAAAGUAUUUUGCGUGAAUAGUGAACAAGUGUGGGAGGUGUAGAACAGUUCCUGUUUCCCCUAAAAGCGGCUGACCGAACGCUCAACACUGAAUCUAUGCUGAUUGAAUUCAUCACUGCUGGACCUCGUGCAUUAUCUGACCGCUGGAGAUAAUCCCGUACAUUGUUCGAUCGCAGACCCCGUCCAUUGUUUGGCCGCUAGAGAAAAAUCCGUCCAUCCCGAUUAUUCAGCCAGCUGAAAGGGUUCCGGCCGAGGUUUCGGCAAACACAGUACAGUAUCUAACGGGAUAAAAGCAGAAGGAGUGGUCCGCAGUUUCAAACGAUUCCAACACGAAUUCGUUGCAGCUUUAGACCAGGUUUGAGCAGGCCUGAGUGGUUGGUUCUGAUAUUUUCUUUCACAUUGAAACUACAAUGAGUACCAGUGUGGCAUUUUCACUGGAGCCAUACCGCAAGGGAACAUCUUUUAAUGACUGGUUCACACGGCUAAAGUACUUUUUUCGAGUGAACAAUGUUAAGGAGGAAGACAAAAUGGCAUUUUUCAUCACCAUAAGUGGUCCGGUGAUUUUUGCCGAAAUUAAACUUCUUUUUCCGGCGGGAAAUUUUGAGGAAGCAUCUUUGGAUGAUAUAGUGUCGAAGCUUAAAAACCGCCUGGAUAAAACGGAUCCAGACUUAGUACAAAGGUAUGAAUUUAGCACACGAGUUCAAAAUCCCCAUUAAAGUACAGAAGAUUUUGUUUUGAAUUUAAAAUUACAAGCUAAAUUAUGCGGGUUUGAGAAUUUUAAACAUGUUGCCAUUCUGGAUCGUUUAAUUGCUGGCAUUAGAGACAAGCAGCUAAGGCUACGGCUUUUGAGUGAGGAAAAUUCAAGUUUGGCAAAUGCUGAAAAGAUAAUUGCCACGUGGGAGGUAGCCCGAGCAAAUUCUGGUACGGCAAACCAACCAAAUGUGGGACAUUCUGAUGUAGUAGCUGCAGUAAAUACAAGACCUUUUCAACAACCUGGGGUUGCAGCGAGUAGACUAUCCCAAGUUUACGAUUUCUCAAGGAAUUACCAGGGCAUUGAAAGCAAUAGUGUCUCUAAUAGCAACAGGGGGCCGGUGAAAAGCCGGCUAGGGUUUAGAUCAUCUGGAAGAGGACAGCAGACAAGCCGUGGUCGUGGAAGCGAGGCAGGUACUUCUAGACUGCAAGAUGGACGUCGACAAUGGGUGCGACCCGACUAUUCUCAGAUGAUCUGCAACUAUUGCGGAAUAAAAGGACAUAUUCGGAAGAAGUGCUUUAAGCUGAAAAACUUGCAUCGAGAUGCGGUAAAUUUAGUCGACUCAUACAGACCAGGACCAUCGGCUGAUCGGCACAUUUCCGAACUGUUGGAAAGGAUGCGAACAAGGGACGAUGAAGAAGCCGAGGACAGUGAUUCAGGUAAUCUAGAAUGCAUGAUGGUAGCAUCCAUAAAUAAGAUAAACAACCCUUGUUUGGUGCAAGUAGAAAUUGAUGGAAAAUGUUUGAAAAUGGAAGUUGAUUGUGGGGCGUCUGUGUCUGUUAUAAGCAAAAGGCAAUAUUUGUCGAAGUUUGAAAACCCUUUGCGGAAAUAUAGUGAACCACUGAUGGUUGUAAAUGGAAACAAAUUAAAAAUUGAAGGGGAGGCAAUGGUUUCAGUAAAUUUUAAUGGUAAAGAAAAGUUAAUGCAGUUGUUGGUCCUUGAUUGUGACAAUGACUUUCAUCCACUGUUAGGCCGAACUUGGCUGGACAUAUUUUAUCCGGAUUGGAGACAGUUUUUUACGAAUUGCUUGCAAAUUCAUAGCAUAAAAGAUGAAUCGGGUGAAGCCGCUGUUAACGAACUGAAAAAUAAAUUUGGGAAUGUAUUUAAAAAAAAUUUCUCUUCACCUAUAAAAGGUUUUAAAGCAGAACUAGUUUUGAAAAAUGAAAUUCCUAUUUUUAAAAAAGCGUAUGAUGUGCCUUACAGACUUAAGGAUAAAGUUGCUACAUAUUUAGACAAAUUAGAGAAUGAGAAAGUUAUCACACCUAUUGACACCAGCGAGUGGGCUUCGCCAAUCAUUAUAGUAAUGAAAAAGAAUAACGAAAUACGUUUAGUUAUUGAUUGCAAGGUUUCAUUAAACAAAGUGAUUGUUCCUAACACAUAUCCUUUACCUACAUCACAGGAUAUUUUCGCAAAUCUAGCUGACUGCAAGUUUUUUUGUGCUCUGGAUCUUGAAGGUGCUUAUACUCAGUUGGAGCUAACAGAAAGGUCAAAAAAGUUUGUUGUCAUAAAUACGAUGAAAGGGUUAUACAAAUAUAACAGGUUACCUCAAGGAGCAUCUUCAAGCGCCUCAAUUUUUCAACAAGUAAUGGAUAAGGGGGAUAAGACGUCCCUCUUCCGUCUAUUCCCCGGCGCCGAGGGGUGUUCCCCAGUUCCGGUGUGGGAAGGAUGUCCGCACUUGGGGGCCUCGACUAUCGGGAAAUCUGGUCGUUCCGGUGGGGUCUUGGCGUCCGGUCUACCGGCGCCCCGACUGUCCAGGGCACCAUCUGGUGCCGAAGUCGACCCGAAGGUUGGGGUAUGGCUUCCGAUCCUAAGGCACCAAGGAAGAUGGUAG